CAGACUUCUCUGGUUUCUAUCGCUCUUUGCAGAUCCAAGCAAUCAACAAAUUUCGAUCUUUCAUUAUAAGAUGGCUCCUUUAAACCCAAGCUUCACAAUAGAAGACUCCUUGUUGGGUCUGUGUGGGGUUUUUGGUCUAUCUCUCUGUUAUCUCCUUGGACUUGCCAUUUACAGAGUUUACUUCCAUCCCUUGGCUGCAUACCCAGGCCCGAAAAUAUGUGCCAUUACUCGACUUCCAUAUCUGUGGAAUCAUGUCAAGGGCCGACAGACGCACAAUGCACGCAGGCUACACAAUAUAUAUGGUGAUGUCGUUCGCAUUGCUCCAAAUGAGCUUUCGUACACCAAUCCCAAUGCAUGGAAAGAUAUCUACGGCCAUCGGCAAGGUAAGCCAGAGAUGGCGAAAAACCCAAAGUCCUAUACUACGCACCCUGGAGGCAAACAUAUCAUAACCGCGAACCGCGAGGACCACUCUCGUUUUCGGAAAAAUCUCUCACACGGAUUCUCUGACGCGUCCAUGCGCCAGCAAGAGCCGCUGAUACAGAGUUAUGUCGACCUUCUCGUGCGGCGCCUCGAAGAACAUUCGCAUGACGGCCAGAUACCGCAGAACAUGUGCUCAUGGUAUAAUUGGAUAACUUUCGACAUCAUUGGAGACUUGACAUUUGGAGAACCUUUCGGCUGCCUGGAAAAUUCAGACUAUCACCCGUGGGUCCGUGCCAUAUUCGACACCGUUAAGGCUGGAAUCUAUAUCAAUGCGCUCAAAUACGUGCCCUAUGGACAAAAGGCAGCUUGGUUUUUUAUCUCCAAGGAGUUGCUAGCGAAGAAGAAAACCCAUCACCAGAUAACAGUCGAGAAAGUCAAGCACAGAGUAGGGCUAACAGAGGAGAGGCCAGAUUUUCUGGGUAACAUCCUGAAGCGAAAAGAGAAGGGCUUCACGUUCCCAGAGCUCUUGAGUAAUUCAUCUAUCCUGAUCAUAGCUGGCAGCGAGACUACAGCUACCAUCCUCUCUGGUGUGACGUAUAUACUUCUGAAAACCCCGGAUGUGAUGGACAAAGUCGUGCAUGAGGUGCGCUCCUCGUUCAGCAGCAACGACGAGAUUACCAUCCACUCGACCAGCAGUCUGAAGUACAUGAUCGCUUGUCUUGAAGAGGCACUCCGGAUUUAUCCACCUGCACCUGCAGGAUUUCCCAGGAUCGUACCUGAAGGAGGAGAUUUCAUUGCGGAAAAAUGGGUUCCCGGCGGAACGGUUGCGGGUGUGAGCAUAAUGGCAGCACACCACUCGCCAGACAAUUUCCGCGACCCAGACUCAUUUAUCCCAGAGCGAUUCCUGGGGGAUCCGCGUUUUGUGGACGACAAUAAGAAUGCUCUGAAUCCAUUUUCGACCGGUCCAAGAAACUGUCUUGGCAAGAACUUGGCAUGGGCAGAGAUGCGAUUGAUUCUGGCGAAAGUGCUAUUCAACUUCGACUUGACACUUGCUCAUGGAAGCGAAAAUUGGCUGGAUCAGAAGUCAUACACCAUUUGGGAGAAGGGCGCACUGAACGUGGGGCUGAAGAAGAUUGUGAGAUAGGGUGUCGUAGACGCUUAGGCUUCUCCGACAAGCCAAAAUUUUGAUAUACUUGGCAGAACCUUAUAGUCGAGAAACAGAAGGACUUUGUUGGCCUAUGGAUGCUGAGACGGGAGGCCGGUCGAAGGAAGACGAGCUCACUGGCAG